AUGGCGACUUCGUCUUCCAUCUUUUCCACUCCGGUGGGUAGCGAGAAGGCAGACACCAUAGUUGUAGCUGCUUCGGUCCGACUUACGGUGGAAGAGCUGAUUGAAAAAUAUUUAGCUGAAAACGUCAUCGGCCCGCGCAUCCCGAUGAUUACGGACGCCUUUAUGAUCGUUAGGAGGGUACUGUCCGAUCUCCAAUAUGUGAGGUCUUCUUCCAAGCUUCUUCGGCUCAGGUUAAGAAAUCAUCUGGCAUUCCAAUGGAUUUGGUCCUAUUGAUAGUAACUUCGCAACGAGAAAAAAAGGAAACGGUGGAGAGAAAGAACCAAGGGGCCACAAAGGUCAGAAGGGCCCACAUUCCUGCGUACCCCACCAAUGAAAGUAAAGACACCCAGGCCAAAACUGGAAACACCCCAAAAACAGGCCGUUCCAGCGGGAUCUGUAAGUCUGGGCUUUCCGGCAAGGAUGAGACGAAUAAGCCGGAGUCCCGAACUCGUAGUCUACCAUCGGAGUGGCGACAGACAACACGACCUGGAGCAUGGUAA